AUGAUGACGAUUUUACCAACAACAACAUCCCGACAGUUGCUACUCCCAUUUGUCCGGCAAAGGAGAUUCUUUUUUGCCAGUUCUACCGAUCACACGACCCUGCUGCAGAAUGCCGUCGUCCAUCGCUUGGAUCACGGACAAUACCAAGAAUACGUCAUGGCCGCCGAAGGAAUGGAGCCGGAAAUGGUACAGAAAGUGCCCCAAUUACACUUGGCCCGUCUCUUUCGACGCGACACGGUUCUCUAUGGAGCCAAGGUCGUAAAUUCGACCUUGGGGGUCGCCAAGGAUGUCUGUGGACAGCUCGUUGAUGCCGCAUUGGAAGAUACCAAGGGAGGAGCAACAGCACCCGUCAAGGCCAAAUCCACAUUGACGGGAUUGUCGGCAUGGGUAUUAGCAUCAUCGUCAUCCUCUCUACAAGAACAAUUGCAAUUGCCAGAGUCUACAUGGAACACAACAAUUAUUCAAGAAAUUGCAAAUGGAACCGACGACGAAUCCACCUAUCAAAAGGGUCAAGAUGCAUGGGAACAACUCGCACAGGCAUACAUUCAAGCGGGUCUCGCCGAAGAAGCUUCCUUGUAUCAAUCCAAAGGGGCCACGUUGGAGGCAAUUCUCCACCGACAAGACACAUCCGAUUAUUCCGAUAGCUCGGGAGGUGCCAUGGCAUCCUUUGUAUUUCCUUGA